AUGAUUGUUGAACCUCGACGUCGAAAAAGUUCUGUAACAUUUUCUGUACCUGAUGAUCAUUAUCAUCAUCAAUAUUAUGCACAACGAACAUCAAGCUUUGCUGAAUCAGAUUUGGAUUAUGAGCCAACUCUUUCAACAAUUAGUCCAGUAACAUUGGCUAUGGCUCGAGCAUUACGUAGUGUUAAAACAUUUAAAAAAAGUUGGGAUUCUGAUAAGGCACUGAAAAGUACAUAUAAAGGAAAAUUUGGCAAACACCAACUACGUGCUUAUAUCUUUUUAAUUUUGGGCUAUGCUGUCAUUGUAGCAUGGCUUACAGAGAUGCCUGUAUUUGCAUUGUUACCAUCGAAAUUUGGUAAUUGUACAACAACUGAUUCGAAUGUUUCGAUUACCGACAUAAUCACUUCCACACCUCCUAAUACAACAUCUCUUCAAUCAAAACCCAUAAAAUUAAAAUCUUUGAAUUCAAUAGAAACACUACCAAAGUCACUGAGUGAUAAUGUUCAAAAAACUACUGAUAGACCAGUGCAAAAAUCUGAACAAACAUAUAAUUAUAGCCGAGAAUAUGGACGAACUGUAUUUUCUGAUUUCGAUAUCUUUUGCGAUCCCAUCCGUAUGAAAAUACCGAAUAUUGUCUAUCUUAUUGGUUUGGUUCUUGGAGGUCUUAUAUUUGGUUAUAUUGCUGAUCAUAGUGGAAGAAAAAUGAUUUUAAUUGGAUCAAUGUGGACAGCAUGUGCGCUAUCAAUAUUUCAACUUCUAAGUGAUGAUUAUAUAUCUUAUGUUUUCUUUAUACUUUUUGUUGGUAUGGCCAUUGGUGCUGUACAAGUAAUUACUGUACCUUAUGUUAUUGAAAUGUUUCCUAUUGAAUCUCGAGCAAUUUAUGCUCUAUUAUUAACAGGUGCAGUAUUUAUAUUUGAUUUAAUUAUUCCUGGUCUUGCAUUUGCUAUAAAGAACUGGAAAAUAUUGCAAGGUGUUGUUUCACUACCAUUGAUCGUAACUGCCGUUCUUUAUUGGUUCGCAGAAGAAUCCAUGUUUUGGUAUACAACUCAAAAAGAUUAUGUAACAGCUGUAUUAUCAUUAACAAAAGUUGCUCGAUUCAAUGGGAUAGUUUUUGAAGAUGUAUUUCGUGAGGCACGUGAUUUUCUACGUGGUAAACGUUCCAAAGGAAUUCAAUGUGAUUUUCAACCAUUACUUCGACUUGAGGAUAUUCAAUUAUUGGGUUCAAAAUAUCCGGAUUUUGAUAUGGUUGAUUUACAAGCAACAACAGGUAAAAAAAAUACAUUAUCACAACGUAUUGUACAAGUAUUAACUGGUCAUCAUUAUUAUCCAACAUUAUCAACAUUUUAUCCAACUGAUUAUCUUCAUUCAUCAAUAUUAACUAUUUACUUACUUGUUAUGUGCGGUCUUUGGCUUGUUAGUUCAUUAACAGAAUAUAGUCUUGAAACAUCAGUUUUGACUCAACAUUUAACAAAUAAUUUUUUUCUUAAUUAUUUCUAUACACAUCUUAUACAAAUUGCUUCAUUCGCUGUUGCAUUUCCUAUGGUUUAUAAAUGGGGUCGUCGAUGGCCAACAUUUUGUUUUUUUCUUAUUGCUGAAGUUUGUCUACUUGGUUCAUUUGCUGCUCGACCUGAAAACGAAGAAUUACGUAAUGCAAUGCUUGUUGUCUAUUUCGUGGGCAAAUUUGCAUCUCGUGGUGGAUAUAUUGUUAUUCUACUUUAUACAUGUGAAAUAUUUCCUACUGGUUUAAGAUGUACAACACUUGGUAUAUGUUAUGCUUUUCGAUUAAUUGGUGUAGCACUUGCGUCCGAUAGUGUGGCUGGAUUGAACGAUGGAAUGGCUCGUCUUAUUUAUGGUAUAUUAUCAUUAAUUCUUGGUUCAAUGGCACUUUUAUUACCUGAAACUAAAAAAAUUCCUUUACCUCGAACUAUUAUUCAAGUUGAAGUUAUUCCAACAUCAAUAAGUAAAAAUUUUCGUCGUCAUCGUUCUGUACCAGUUAAACGAAAUGUUCGAUCAGAUAGUAUACGUCCAGAAGGUGCAAAUGCAUUUAAUGAUGGUGCAUCAUCUGUAUCUGGUAUACGUUCAGUUCGUUUUGGUCCAUAUGAUAAUCAAUCAACAUUACAUAGUGUUUAUGAAUUACAAGAAUAUGGACAAGAUGAUACAGUACAUUCAUCAGCAAGUCGAUAUAAUCGACGAAUGGAUUUACGUAAUCCAACUAUAUUUCAACCAUAUAGUGGAAAUAAUCUUGAAACACAUCGACAGCAAACUCCAAUUGCUGAAGAUGUUGAAUAUGAUGAAGAUGUUGAUGAUGAUCGAACACGUUAUGCUCAACAACAACGACUAACAGAACAACACCACCGUUUUAAUGACCAGCAAAUGACAAAUGAUAAUGAUGUUAUUGUUCUACCAAAUAGAACAAAUGCUAGAAAAUCAUCAAGUAAUUCACCAUCACAACUUGAACCUAAAGCAGAAAUUCAAACAGGUGAUACAACAGGUGAACGAAAUGGUUUAGCAACGACAAAAUCAACAGCUGAUGAAAUAGUAGAUGAUAAUAAACAAGACGAAAAUACUUCUCAAUCAUCAACACGAAUUGUUCAUGAAACAAGAACAUUUCCACCAAAUAUGAGUGAAGAUGAAAAUUAUUUUUCUGAACAUUGUUAG